AUGGAAUCAAGAAAAAGAGCUAGAACAGAAGAUAUCCCUUCGUCAUCCACUCCAGCUCCUCCGUCAGUAACUGUAGGACAGGAUGUGCAAAGCUCACUAACUUUAGUUCCUAUGCUACAAAGCUUAUUCCGAGGACAGUUUAUUCUCAUGCACAGCCUACAAGAGUUGGCUCACAAUAGGCCAAUGAUAUUUAUGGAACAUUUUCUUGAGCAAGUAGCCUGUCCUGAAGCUCAACUUCCAUUGGUGAGACCCAACGAGGCUGUUCCGCCUGAGCCCACACAUGUACAGGUCAAUUCAGAGCCAGCUAACCCACAAUCUCCAGUGGUGAAUCCACCUUCUUCGCCUGAGCUUGAAACAGUUCCCCCAUCUCCUCCUCUGAUUGUCAUUUCUGACGCAUCAUCAGAUGAAGCAGCUGCUCCUCUUGAUUCACCAGCUGCAAAAACAGUUGACCCCCCUGUUUCCCCAAUUGGAGGAAUUUCUGAUCUUUCUGAUUCAUCAUCUGGAAAAGUUGUUGCUCUCACUGAUUCCCCAGUUUAA